GUAAAGCGCUCGAGUGUGGCUUGUCCGUAAAACAAGACGCACGAAAGAAGGAAACAAAACCCAAACAAAUGAAACAAACAUCUUACAAAUACCGCGUUAAAAACAACAACCAUGUUAAACGACAUUGCAGUGUUGCAACCUGAUGGAAACGAGCAGGACUCUAAAGAAAAAAAUAUAUCGAAGUGGACCCCGGAACUCAACGCGACCCCUUCAUGUAGGUUCCUGCAGCUCGAGCUGGAGCUCAACGCGCAUCUCCGUGGGCUCAGUUUCGGGGAACCCGUCCACUAUGUGUACAACCCACUGGAGUAUGCGUGGGAGACGCACCGGUGCUACGUAGAGAAGUACUGCCAGGCGGGACAGAGCUUCUUGUUUUUGGGCAUGAAUCCGGGACCGUUCGGCAUGGCCCAGACGGGGGUUCCUUUUGGCGAAGUGAAGUCAGUCGUGAACUGGUUGAAGAUCACAGGGGCAGUCGGUCGCCCCGACAACGAGCAUCCGAAACGCCGCAUCAGCGGCCUGGCCUGCGCUCAGAGCGAAGUGAGCGGCGCCCGCUUCUGGGGCUUCUUCCAAAAGUUGUGCGGCGAGCCUGCUGCUUUCUUCCGUCACUGUUUUGUACACAACCUUUGCCCCCUCAUUUUCAUGAGCAGCAGCGGGAAGAACCUGACCCCCCCUGAGCUCGAUAUCCGUGAGCGCAAGGAGCUCCUGCGCUUGUGUGACAUUGCCCUGUGCCAAGCCGUGGAGGCCCUGGGUGUCUCCAUGGUGAUCGGUGUGGGCAGGGUGGCAGAGCAGCGGGCACGCCGGGCUCUUGCCGCAGCUGGUAUGGACGUGCGAGUGGAGGGCAUCAUGCAUCCUUCCCCCAGGAACCCUUUGGCUAAUAAAGGCUGGGAGAGUGUGGCUAAAGCUAAGCUAGCACAACUAGGCAUCCUCCCUUUACUUAGCAACGACACAAGGCCAGAAUCCUCUCACACUCAAGAGACUUUAUAGCAAGCAAAUCCAUCCACACUUUUUUUUUUAUAUUGCAUGUCCUCAUUAGGGUGGUGGGUGAACUGGAUUCUAUCUUUGCUAAUUUUGUGUGAGAGUACAAAUAGAGUACACAAGUGUAUGCUCAGGGUUGUUGAAGAUUUUGUACUGUAUUGUAUGCUGUUUUAUGUACAUUUCCAUUGUAUUAAUAUAUAAUGAUUUCUUAUUUAUUUGACCUAUUCUGUGUCUUUAAAUGUCUAUUUGUUAUAGUGUAUUUUGUUUAUUUAUAUCCAUUAUGAUUGAUCAGGUCUUUCACUGCUGCCUUGUAAUGCCACACAUUACACUUCCAUGUGUUAUAUAUCAUUAUUGCAAUUUAGAAAACAACAUUCAAAUGUAGGUGAAAAAUCCACAAUCAGUUAAAAGGUCAAAUUGAAUUUGUCACUGUUCAAUUCAUGAUAAUAA